CUGUUUUAGCACAACUGUACCAUAUGCUGAAGAAACUUGGAGUUGAUCAAGAUUACACUCAUCCUGUUUUUGGAGAUGUUAAGAAGCUGUUAACUACUGAGUUUGUCAGACAGGGAUAUCUGGAGCACACCAAACAGCCUAACUCUGAUCCCCCCGUGUACGAAUACCGCUGGGGGUUCAGGGCCAAAAAGGAAAUCAGCAAGAGGAAUUGUCUUGACUUUGUCAGUCAGUUGUAUGAGAAGCAGCCAGAAGAGUGGGUGUCCCAGUUCCAGGUGGUGGAGGAGGAAGAGGGAGAAACACAGUCCUCGGUGUCAUGACAACAUGAACCAUUCCCAGAAUUGCUUCCUUCUCCCAGCAUGCCACUGAUGAAAUUCAAAGUCUCUCAGGGACAAAUGAAAAGUCAGAUGAAGUUAUUGUGAUAUGGUAUAAGUCCAAAAAGGAUCACAACUAUUCAAAACAAUGUGGUUCAAGUUUUUUUUUAAGAAAAACUGAUCCAUUGUCUUAAAAAACAUCAAAGACUUAUUGCAAUUAGAACUUAAAGUAUCUUUUCAGCAGUGUAAUGCCUGGUCCUGUGUUUAU